AUGAACAUUGACGCCUCAGUGAAGAAGCAGGAGGUGAGGGGAGCUCUGGAUUCUGCUGCAGAGGGCACAGCAGUGGGGGCUCCUGAUGGGGGCUACGCCUGGUUCAUCCUCCUCUCCGGCUUCACAGUGUUUGGUCUCACUUUUGGGGUGAUCAAGUCUUUUGGGGUGUUCUAUGUGGAGAUCCACCAUUACUUUGACACUUCAGCCACCACAGCGUCCUGGAUCACAUCCAUCGCUGUGGCUACAGUUCACGUUGCCGCUCCAUUAGCCUCUGCUCUGAGUGCUCGCUUCGGUCAUCGCUCCAUAGUCAUGAUUGGUGGACUCGUCUGCAGCGCUGGUGUGAUAUCUGGGUCAUUUGCCAGAAACCUUUUGGAACUCUACUUGACCGUGGGCUUCCUCAAUGGCCUGGGUUACGCUUUAGUUUGGACCCCCACAGUGACCAUGGUGGGCCUGUACUUUGACCGUAAGCGCCCUGUGGCCAAUGCUCUGUCCAGUGCAGGAGAGUGCAUCCUCACAUUUAUCUUCACGCCCUUGUCCCAGUGGUUGAUUGAUAGCUACUCUUGGAGGGGAGCUAUGCUAAUUCUGGGCGGUCUACAGCUUAACCUAUGUGUGUGCGGGGCUAUGCUUCGGCCUUUGAAAUCUCGCCAAGACUACAGUUACCCAAAAGAUGUGAAAGCUAAUGAAGAAGGAGAAAAAAUGCUCCAAAGCCAGUCACAAAGCUUGCAUAAAGUGGAAAAAAAGACAUUAAAAUCCAAAAUUGUUCCUUAUGUAGACUUUACCCUUAUUGCUAAUGCAGAAUUUAUGGUAUACUCUAUGUUUGGAGUCUUCGCCGCGCUGGGCUUGUUCGCUCCCCCUCUAUUCCUGGUGCCAUACGCCCGCAGUAGAGGUGUGGAGGACUAUCAGUCAGCAGCACUCAUGUCCAUAUCCUCUGCACUGGACCUGGUUGGAAGAGUGGCUUUCGGCUGGGUGGCAAACAUGAGGAUUAUAAAAAUGGUGCACCAGUUGAUAGCUACAGUCAUUCUUCUUGGUGUAGUCCUUCUCGUGUGCCCUCUGGCCUCCUCUUUUGCUGAACUCGCCGUCUUCAGCGCUGCUUUUGGCCUGGUGUUCGGGGCGAUGGUGGCUGUACACAUCACUGUUCUAGCAGAAGUGGUUGGAGUGCAUAGACUGGGCAGUGCGCUGGGCUUCUUCAUGCUCAUUCGCAGCGGUGGAGGCCUGCUGGGACCGCCCAUAGCUGGGUUCUUUAUUGACUACAUGGGGGACUACGGAGCGGGGUUUUUGAUGGCCGGAACAUCUCUCCUCAUAUCUGUCCUCUUUUUGAUUCUUUUGGAAGUGUUGACCCGCAAAGGUCAAGGGUCAGGUGGAAAUGCACUGUGCAAAGUCAAAGCAAAGACUGACAAACAAAGUCACAAAGUUGAAGAGGAAGAAGAAGCAGAAAUAGCAUGA